AUGUCGGAACCAGGCAGCGAGGGAUGGCGAGAACUCCAGACCUCUUCACGCCGCCAAUGUCCCAAGCUGUUCUACCAGUUCUCAACCACCUGCGAAUCCCUGACGCUGCUCGUCACCGACUUGAUAUCCAUCUGGGAGACUAAUUUGGACAGCUACGACAUCAAGGCGACAGCUGCCCGGCAGCAUACGACAAUCGACCCGUCGGCCUCGGCCCGCCAGUUCGAGGUCUUGCUUUCCAAACUCCGCCACAGCCUGAGCGAUGGCGACAAUACAAUCACACGCGGAUCGGAGAAAAGUUCACAGACGCUGCACCUCCGCACGACAAUCGAUCUCCCUCACCCUCUAAAACCGCUCGACUGGACGUUCACGCUAGAACCCCAGACCAGCUCAGAACUUGCUGAACGCAUCCUCCGUCCCAGCCUGCACGAGGUCGCCGUCUCGCAGAGCAAAAUCAACUCCUUGCUCAGCAUCGUCAGGGAGAAAGAUCACGUAAUCUCGAAACUGCUCGAUCGGAUCGGCAACUCGGCUGUUGACUUGAGCCUCGUUUUCCCUGGCAUUGCUGGUCUUGCGUCGAGAAAGGGUAGCCACGUCUCUGUUGCGGAUGCGAAGAAGCGCGUUCCUGGGAUGGCAGAAUUUGACGAGGAAGGCUGGAUCAAGCAGUUCGCCAACGACGACGGGUACGAGGGCGCGGAUCGGACAGGGUUGAGUAAGCUUGUUCGCGGGUGUGAAAAGUGCUUCGUGCACAGCAAGUCUGAGCACGACAACUGGGUCAAGGAUUUACCGACGACCACUGCAAUGCUGCGAGGCGUGAAGGACGGCGCGCAGCGCAAGUCGCCGCCAAUGACAUCGGCUAAGAUGAAGUCCCGCCCAGACAACGAGUCUACGGACGAUGAAUUCGAGCGUCAACCAACCCCACCGCACCUGAAGAGCACGAGUCCUACAGCCAAGAGGGUAACCCGGCCCGCCGUCACCACCGACGACGAGGAGACCCAGGACGAAGAGUCCACUCUUCCAAAAAGUCCCAAACCGUCCAAAAUCGGUGGUCUCGGCAGACGAGGCGCAACCAAAGCAUUUGGCGCCUCUAAAGGUCCAGCAAAGGCAUCUCCGCCCGUUAAACGAACGGCGUCACCAGUGCGUCGAGCAUCACCCGCGUCAAGCGAACCAGCUACUGCAACAGCAACAGCAACAGCCUCAGAAGACGAAAACGAAGACGUAGAUCUGGACGACGAAGACAUCCGAUUGCCGUCCCGACGAGGCACCAAAUCUCCCCAACCAGCCCAGAAGCACAAACCACGCGGGGCGAACAAGAAGGGAGCCACGACGCGCUCACCAUCAGCAACACCCUCGCCUUCGCUUUCUCCGUCGCCCCUGCCCACACGCUCACAUCCCAAACACUCGUCACCGGCCUCUCUCCCAAGGGGCAAGAAAGAAGACCACGAAGGGGAAACCGAAACCGAAACCGAAACCGAGGAUGAGGACGAGGGCGAGAACAAGGACAAGGCCAACGACCGCGACCAGCCCACUUCCACCUACACCUCCGGCUCUGCCGAGCACAAGCCGAAAUCCUUCAAGCUCCCUACGCCCGCGACAGCACGACCAUCCCACCGUCUAGGUCGCCUGGGCGCGCGCAAGACAGUCACGACGCCAGAGCCCACACCAGAUCCAGCCACAGCCUCAGCCUCAGCCUCAGCCUCUGACGAAGAGCCGCCGCCCUCUUCCCAACGCGACGAGACGCAAACCGUCCGGAAAGCAGGUAUUCGCAAACUCGGCGCCCUGCGGAAGAGGAAACAACCACACGGGGAUGAGACGUCCUCUCCGCCGAUGACGCGCCCGGAUGCCGAUGCCGAUGCCGAUGCUGAUUCCGAUCCACGCGGUUCGGAACCUCCCAAACACGCGGGCCCGUCCCGGUCUAUAUCGGAGUCUCGGACUAAACGCCGCGCAUCAUCAGCUGAACCUUCGCCACCAAAGGAGACGGCCGAAGAAGCAGCGUCCCGUCGGCGGAUGCAGUUGAAACGCACGAUCGAGGCGGGUGUGGUGGGGAAGAAGAAGCGGAGGUUCUGA